AUGUCCACCGAACAGACCACCCAAAGACCAGGCGCCUCGCCCUCACCACCCCCUCCCGCGCCAGUCCCCCUAACACCAGGCCCGCGCGCCUCCAAACUCCAAGAGAUCUUCGACAAGGCGCUGGCGCGCACGCUGCGCGCAAACUCGUACGCGAAUUUCAGCGGAUGUUUUCCGACGCCGGCGAAACAUGUCCCGGCUAGUUUGGAGAGUGUGUGGAGACAGUUGAAUGCGAAGUUGGAGGAGAGUGCCAAGGCUGAGUUCGAGGAUAUUUUGGCGGAGAGGGAUGCCGUUAGGCAGUUAAAUGAGUUGGAUCGGUUGGUUGGUGAGGCGAGGGUUAGGAAGGAGAGAGGGGUUGGUGGGGAUAGUGUUGCGCCGCAUACGUUGAGUCCGGAGGAAUUGUACAAAGCGCAUUUGUUGCCGCAUCUGAUGGAGACGCAGGCGGAUUUGGAUGCCAAGAUUAAUUCGGUGCAGAAUCAGAAUGCUGAGUUGGCUGGGAAGGUCCAGGCGCAGAGGUCUGAGAUUGAGAGUUUGUUGUCCGGGUUGGAGGCUGUGGUUGCUGAUUUGGAGGGUGCUGCGGCCGCAACGACGCAGUUUACAAGUGAGCAUCAGCUUCGACAAGAAGCUGCGCAGAUGGAUGGAGAGGUUAAGGCUAGAUCCGAGAUUUGA